UGAAGAGAAAUACGUGAACAUAACGAUCUGUGCAGGUCUUUUCUUGGAAGUUAAACAAUUAAAAAGCCACAUUAGGCUUUCUUUGAAGGAGUUCUGGGUUUGCGGCCAGUGUAGUUGAAGGUUUCAGAAAAUGGCCCAUAAUCUAACGAACAUUCUUGAGGAGUGGAAAUGUCUGGAGGAAGAGUAUCAACAACUUCAGGAGACCCACAGGCUGUACAUACAGAAACUGGAUGAAAUAUCCAAACUCCAAAAAAGUUGCUCUUCUUCCAUUUCCCAUCAACGCAAAAGACUGAAAGAGGUGGUCCAUCAAGUGAAAAGAUGCAGCACAGGACCAUCAGAGGAAGAUGCAACAACACUGAAGGAAAUAAAAGCGAAAAUAAAGACACGUCCAAACUCCUUCUUUGAAAUGGAGGCUUUCCUGCCAAAGAAAAAUGGGUUGUACCUGAGUCUUGUCCUUGGAAAUGUAAAUGUCACCCUUCUCAGCAAGCAGUCAAAAUUUGCCUACAAAGAUGAGUAUGAGAAGUUUAAGCUGUACACCACAGUGCUCCUGCUGCUGUUCUCCUUCAUGUGUGUUUUCUUUGAGAGCUACAGAUUUCUUGAUGCAAUCCUCAAUUUCCUGCUUGUGUGGUACUACUGCACGUUAACCAUCAGAGAGAGUAUCCUCAUCACCAACGGCUCCAGAAUUAAAGGCUGGUGGGUUUUUCAUCAUUACAUCUCAGCCUUUUUGUCCGGUGUCAUGCUUACAUGGCCAGAUGGGAACCUGUACAAGAUAUUCAGGAACCAGUUCCUUGCCUACUCCUUGUACCAAAGUUUUGUUCAGUGUCUGCAGUGCUAUUAUCAGAGUGGCUGUCUAUACAGGCUACGAGCCCUGGGAGAAAGACACAACAUGGAUUUGACCGUGGAGGGAUUUCAGUCGUGGAUGUGGAAAGGGCUGACGUUUCUUUUACCCUUCCUCUUUUUUGGUCAUUUCUGGCAGCUCUUCAAUGGCCUCUCUCUCUUCAGGAUGGCUCAGCUCCCAGACUGUAAGGAAUGGCAGGUUUUGGUGUGUGGUGUUUGCUUCCUCGUUCUGUUCAUUGGAAACUUCUCUACUACUGUGGCCGUGGUCCGUCAGAAGAUGAAAAGCAGGAAUCAGAAAGCAAAGAGUCUGUGAUAUGUACUAAUAAAAAAGCCAACAUGUCUGAAAACAUUCUCUCAACUACUCCUGUCCCAAUACAAGUAUAUCAAUUUAUAAUUUCUGUCUUUGACAGUUUGGAUGCCAUUAAACAUGAACACUGCAUGCAUACAAAUGACUGUUAUUACUGAUCAAUCAACUUUAAUGGUUAAAUCAUUCUCUAUCAUACAUGUGUUAAAUUAGUCCUACAGUAUUAGACAAAACAUUAAAUAAAGUCCAUAAUUUUAGA